AAAUGGAGUCAGAGACCAUUUUGCAUCUUAGACAUCAACUCAAGGAAGCAGAAAAUGAGCGAAGAAAGGCAGCACAGUAUGGCUUGCAUUUAUUGGAGUCCCAAAGUGAAGUUCAAAAUCAGUUAGAACAAACACGCCUUGAAUUGACCGAGAAAACUGAGAAAUUUGAACAAGAGAAAUACUCUCUUCAGAGAGAAAUUGAACUCAAGAAUCGAAUGUUGGAAAGCUUGAGUUUUGAAUGUGAUUCCCUUAAGCAGCAGCAAAGCAUGCAACUGGAUAAACAGAAAGAACAACUUGACAGAGUCUAUGGACAAGAAAUCAGUGACCUUAAAAAUAAGUUGGAGAACCUGAAAGCAGAACUAGAUGAAACCCGACUGUCAGAGAAACAACUGAGACACAAAGUGGAUCAUCAGAAGGAAAUAAUUUCUGCCAAAUCAGAAGAAAUACAUAUGAUGUCUGAACGUGUACAUGAGACCAUGUCUUCAGAAAUGCUGAAUCUUCAGAUAGAACUCACUGAACUUGAAAGUGUUAAGGCCAAUAUUGAAGAAAAGCUGAACGAACUGCAGUACAGCAAAGAACAAUUAGAACUCAUAAACAGUAACUUACGUAAUCAGCUGGAGCGUCUACAGGAAGAAAAAGAAGAGAGGGAAAAAGAAGUUGUUUCUUACUGUAAUGCAUUAGAGAAAGCUCGUGAAGCUAAUCAGGAGCUUCAGGUUCAACUGGAUCAUGCAGUGCAACAAUCUUUGGACCCUACAAGUAAAGGCAAUUCGCUCUUUGCUGAGGUGGAGGACCGUAGAGCAGAAAUGGAACGACAGCUGAUCAGUGUGAAAAUAAAAUAUCAGUCACUACAAAAACAACAUGCAUUCACUAGAGAACAAUUGCAAAGAAUGAAGCUGCAGAUGGCUACACUGCUACAGAUGAAAGGCUCUCAGGCUGAAUUUGAGCAGCUGGAACGCUUACAGUCGAUGUUAGAGCAAAAGAAUGGUGAGAUAGAAGAUCUUCUUAUCAAAGUGAGGCAGCUAGAAAAAUUUAAGACUUUAUAUGGGAAUAUGGAAGAAUCCAGAGCUAGUAGUAGCUCAAAAGGAGGAGAAUCUGAAGAUGGUUACUAUGCAGAUUUACUGCUAAUGAAACUUGACAAUGCAAACAAGGAAGCUGAAACCUUGAAAAACGAACUAUCCUUGCAGAGGAUGAAAGCUCUAUAUGAGAGCCAAAGGGUUCUGGAAGUUGAAAGGAAGCUUUUCGCAAAUGAGAGGCAUUUGCAAGCUUGUCAGAGUGAGAAUAUGAACUUGCGAGUGAUGCUGGAUGAGCUAAAAAUGAAAUACGAACCUGAAGAAUUACUGAAAGGCAUUAAAAAAAAAAAGAGGAGGGAGAAGAUUCCAGUGGAUGCUACUUGUGAAUACUUGGACAGCAAAAAUACUUCAGUAAAAGAAGCUGCUCUCACUCAAUCGCCAAGUAAGGAAGAAACAAAGAUGACUUCCAAGAACAUGGAGCAAAGUGAUGUUUCUCCAAAAAAACAUGCUCUUGAAGUACCACCGAUAAAUACAGCUCUUCAAGCAAUGCAAAAAGUAGUUGAACCUGAAAGAGAGCGAAAAAGAGUUAAAAUUCAAGAUGAGAACCAUGAUGCCUUUACUUCAUAUAGCAGAAGUGGAAGUAAUUCCUUGAUUUCAGCUGCCCCCAGGUCAGUGUCAGCGUCUGUCUGUGGCCAAGGCAAUCAGCACAGACCUUCAUCUCUUUUCUUUCGCUGCAUGAACUGUGCUAUCCACUUCUUUAUCUAUUUCCUCAGUGUUGCAUGCAGUGUAAUUCCUCAGCUCCGGCUGCCUACAUUGAACCUAUCAAUACCUUUUAGAAAGACUAAAAUGAUGACUAAUGAAAAAGACUCUUGAAGCUGUAACAAUCUUUGAAAUAACUUUGCCAUUACGUGGAAAUGUUUGUGGUGUGCAGAUAGCAUGACAGCUCACUCAGUUUGCUCUAACUUCACAAACAGGACUUCUCUUGGUCCUUUCAAAACUGCCACACGCCUGUAUAAUGUGUCAAAGUAACAAAGGCACCUAGGUAUCAUGCUUCAGUUCCAUACUGAACUUCAGCCCAUAUCAACUCUCAGAUUUAGCUAAAAACCUAGAAAUUAUUUAAAUUAAGUAAUUCUUAACCUGCAUUGGGUUAACAGACCUUAAUUCUCUAUUACCUCAUACAAUACAAUUAUGCUGUUUGUGUUGUCAGACAUUUGACUUCUGUAAUCUGGAUGCAUGAUAACUAGAAACACAACUGCUAAAUUAAGAUCAAGUUUUUUCCCUUGAAUUGAGAACUUAAGUUACUUUUUGCUACAUGGCAAAGUAACUUUAAACAGUAAUUAACUCCAACCUUUUUAUCUUGGUAAGAGGAAUGCUGUGUUUUUUCUUUCCCAGCUGAUGCUUUUUUAUUCUGUUCAUAUUCAUAAUCUUCAUAAACACAUGUUUGAGUGUUUGGGGGGGAGAAAAAACUUGAAGUAGUCUAGAUGGUUUUUGCUUACGGAUUGCUAAUGUCUGCUAGUAAAAAUAGUUUCUUGAAUCUAGAAUGACAGGAGCUUCAAACAUGGAGGAAGGCCUAACACAGGGAAGUCUGUGCAGUAUGUCCAAAAUUAAUGGCAUUCAGAAGUAAUGGGAUUGAUUUGAACCUUGGAUCAAAUAUUCAAGGUUAUAUUGGAUACAAUUAACAGAUUCAAAGUAACAACAGUACAGUUUUCUGAGAGUCUGGUAAGAAUAUGGCAGAAAUAGUUUAAGUAUCAAUGUCAAAAUAUGCAGGGAGUCUUACUGAGCAGGAAAGAUCAGGGAGGUCAAACAUGGAUGGUGAAAGUUGAGAGGAAAGAUUGGAUAAUUUAGUGAUGGUGUUGUGUUUUGACAAUAUUCUGUACACAUAAAGGAACAGAUAGCAUGUAACCUGGGUGUGAGAAGUUUAACUUAUUUCCUCAUAUUUCUCUUGGAAAGGAAGAUACAGUGUCUGCCAAAAAAGUUGUUGUUGGAAACAGUUUGUGUGAACUGAAGGGUUAAACCUACUGGAGAGGGGGUGAGGAGAGGAAAUUGUGUGGAGUUUAGGUUUGAAAGCAGAGCGAGUGGAAAAAGUGGAAGAGGUUGAUGAAGUUGUAGUCAGAGGGAGGGUUCUAAUCUUGCACCCAUUGCUGUUGGUUCAAAUAAGGAUCAAAACAUAAAUCUGUAGAUGUUAAAAAAUGAAAACCACCAACACAACAAUAAAAUCACCACAAAACUCCAUAUAAGCUUUUAAGUUGUUUUCAGUGAUGGUAUGAACCUCUAAAAGGUAAAUCCGGGCAGAAAGUUUUAUUCACAUUUCUGAUUGCAUUAAUGAACUGCUAAAUCUCCAAUUAGUGAGGGUAUUAAGAAAACAUGAGGCUUUCCUUAACCCUGAUCUAUUAUGAUUUCUUAUGAAAUAGGAAGUUGUGAUAAAAUCUGAGUAUUUGAGAAGUUGGGUUUUUAAACACCCAAAGAAUCUCUGGACUGUUCUGUGACAGAUGUGGCCAAACCCUGUGUGGGAAUAGAGGUAAAUGCAAAGGCAGAAAAAAAUAUUGGCAACCGGAGCAGGAAUGUGGACCUGAAAAUGGAGAGUUUGGGGGAGGGUGCAUGGUGGGUAACUUUCAGUGUUUUGUCUUGUGUUAAGUGAAAUGUGAUGCUCUGGAUGAAAAGGCUCUUUGUGGUCAUUGGGGUUAUUUUUGUAAUUGGUGUAAUUUUUGGGCAAUAAUAAGUCUAGCUCUGUCAUCAUUGGUCCAUGAGAUGUGGCUGUGAAAAGAGUAACUGUGAAAGGAUUACAAACUUAAUUUCUAGGAAAUGAUUUGUUGUCUCAGUUUAGGAGAUGAUGAGAAGGUGGUCAAAGUGAUCUGUAUGUACUUGUAUGGGUGACAGAUUUAUUUGAAGAGUCUUAGUGGUUAGCAAGGUAAAGCUUGAUAACUUAGAACUAAUAACAUGUACAUAUCUUCAGUGUGUCUAUUUAGAAAAGUUUGAACAAAGUAAACAUAGGAAUACUUUAUUAGGUGAUGGUACUGAUUAGAUUAUGGUCUGUGAUGUUGAGAGCAUACUAGUAGAGACUAAAGAUUUAAAUAUUUAAGUGAAUAAUAUUACUUGUUAAUUGCUAUUGUAAUUGAGGCAACACAGGUUAUGGGUAGUGAUAUCUUUUGUUAGGCCAAGCAGUCAGUAGAAAGAUACACUUCUGUAUUGAAGUGCUGUUCUUCACUUCUGAAACUGAAGUAGUAAAAUCCAGCCCUUGCUGUCCCACUUAAUUUGCCUAUAGAUUUGACAUUGUUUUCUUUAGUUUGAUCUAAAGAAGUGCUUGUGUACCUAAGAGCUUAUUUGUUCUUUAAAUUAUUUCUUUGGAUUACAUACACCAAAUUGCCUCAUUUGGACUUUGGUCAAGUGCCUAUAGCCGUUUGGCUCAGCAGGAGAUUCAGAUAACUAUACUCUCUUUGGGGUUUUAGGCAUGGCAUUCCUUCUCAAGAAGUAAAGCUCCAUCUGAUAAGACUAGUUGAUCUUCCUUAAAUGGGUAGAAGGAAGCCCCAUUACAUCUAGUUUUAGGAGUUUACAGAGUAAAAGCUUGAUGGAAUCAUAUCAGAGUUUCACAAGCAUUUUUUUUAAGCGCAAGUGAUUAACUGUCAUCUCUUCUUACUGAUCAGUCCAUUUCCCUGUGCUAACACUUCACGACAUAUGGCAAUGCUCCAAGGACAGGUUGGAGCUGCCUUGGUGUGAGGGCUGUGGUGGAUCACUUCUGGCUUGUUGCCAGGUGCCCACUCAACUGUUCUUGCUCCCCCUCUUCAAGAGGAUGGGGGAGAAAAAGAUGGAAAAAGCUUGUGGGUUGAGAUAAACACAGGGAUUAAUUAGUCACAGGCAAAACAGAUUUGACUUGGGGAGGAUGAACUCAUUGCCAAUUGAAAAUAGUGGGACAGUGAGAAAGAAAACCACCUUUCCUCCACCCCCAACCCUUCUUCCCAGGCUCAACUUCACUCCUUCAUUUCCCACUUCUACCUCCUCCUCACCAAGUGGCACAGGGGAGAUGGGGAAAGAGGGUUGCAGUUACUUCAUAACACCUUGUUUCUGCUGCUUCUUAAUUAUCACAAAGGUUGGUAGAAAAGAAUUUUAAAAGGGGCUGGCUGAUUUUUGAACUCCAUGAGACUUAAGGAGAAUCAUGCUCUGAAACUGACUUUGGAAUCUGUUAACUCAUUCACUUGUCCCUUUUGUAUGUAGCGGCCUGCAGACAUGAUCCACUACACAGUAGUAAAAUGUGUUAUUUUUUUAAAAAAAAUCAAUAGGGUAGUGAAAGUAUGGCACAACAACUAAUAGACUGUAGAAUAAUCAGUCCUGAAGCAUUUGCAGGCCAACUGUAAGAUACUAAGAAUGAAAGAGAAAAAAUUAGUUGCUUGAGUUGUCUGUUCAUUGUCACAUUAAAGCUCAAUUAUUUGAAUCUUUAGACAUUUCUGAAUACCUCACUGCUGUAAACUAAGGUAUUUAUAAGUGAAAUGAAUUAUAGCAGUGUAUUGCUGAUCCAGAUAAAAGCUGUAACUAACUUAAAAGUGUAGCUUACUAACAUGAAAUGGAUUAUUCAUUUCAUCUUCAUAAGUCAGUAUCAGUCCUUGGAUAAAUUACUUGAGGUAAUUAUUAACAUAGUUCUAGUCUGGGGAAGUUUGCUUUCCUCAUGCUGACUUGCACAAACAUUUUGGUGUGCAUUCAAAGCAUAAAAAGAUGGUGGGUUUUUUAAAUAACUAAUUCUAAUAGCUAUUUACUCUUAUGAAACAAUGUGGUCUUUCUGAUGUGAAUUUGAUUUCCAGAGUUUUUACACUAUAUACUAACAAAGUUACCUAAUACUGUAAAGGGGGAGUGUUUUGUAUAAAUCCAGUUGUGCUGCUUUGGAACAUAAUUUAAGUCAAAGCAAUUUUUAUUUGAUGUUUUGGUUUGAGUUAUUGCUUUGUUCAGUGUCUUUACAGGAAAAUUUUAUUGGAAAUUUUGGCCUCUUAGAGUACUGAUUUUUUGGCCUUGGGCAGAGGUUGUUUUAAGGCGGAAGAGUGGAGGGACAAAUGAAGAGAUUCUACCCUAGGAACAGUUUGCACAGGCACAAGCAAUCCAUCCCCAGUGACAGCUGCUAGGGAAGCAUAGACUGAACUGCAGACUAAACACUAACCAUAAGAUAAUUACUAAUAAUAUACUUUUUAAUCCUUCCCUGAAUAAUUGGUUCUUGUUGUAACCACUUAAUUAUUUGGCUGCUUGCAAGUAGCAGCACAUCUAAAACGGAGGGCAGUUGGGGGGAAGCUGACUGGACAAAAAAUGGUUAGCCAUCAGUUACAGGUGUGCACUUGCUACAAAGCAAAUGUCGAGCAAACACUGGACCUAGGGGAGAUGCACAGCAAAGCAUAUUUCUCCAUAGUCUAUUGAGACAGUGCUUAGAGGAAAUAAUGUGCAGAUUGCUUGCAGUGGAUAGAAUAGCUUAUAUGUGUCUGUAAAGAUAGUGGGGGGUGGGGCUGGGUAGGAGCUAUUCUUGUUUGGAAAACCAUCACUGAAAGCAGCUGUAGAUCGUGGUGGGUUGGUCACUGGAGGCUCUUGAGACCCCUAGAAAUCCACAAGGUCACUAGAGAGUUGUUUUAACAGAUGUGAUGAAUCAGCAUAGACUUUGUGUUAGUAUGUAAAGCGAUGUUCAUUUGAAGCUUCAUUUUCCAUAAUUUGUUUUGCUGUGGAAAUAAUCAUGUGUAACAGUCAAUUGGUCAUGGGUGAUUUGGUUGAGUAAAUACCACUAUUUAUCCAUUUGUUCUAAUGACAUGUUUAAGUACCUUUAAGUAAUUCUUAAAUAAUCAGAAGGUCUGAUUGUGCUCAGAUGUCUAUAUCUUGUUUUUACCUUACCUCUUUAACAGCAAUGUGGCAGUUUUAUCCCCAUUUACAUUCAUAGCAGAAUUAAAACAUGUCAGUAGACAAAUGAUGUAGUUCAGAGCCUGAAAAUAUUUUUUUUUCUCCAGCAACAUCUUUUCAGGUAUUCAGACAUUAAGAUAAAGGCAGUAGUAGUGCAGAACUAGGUUGGAAAUUAGUAUAUUGCUAUAAGUGUAGUCCCUUUUUUUGUGGUGGUGGUGGUGUUAAAGCAAAAUGCUUCACUUCAUCAUGUUUGUAUUAUGUUGCUGGGACUCUUCAUCUGGACUUGAUCUUGUUUUUGUGGACUUGAUCUCCUUUAUGUGCAUGGCACAGUGAAUGUUUUUAUUCAAAGGCUGAUCCCAACCAAACCCAUUCAGUAACCUUUUUUACCAAAUGUUUCAGCA